AUGGCGGGAAAACAAAACACGCAGAAAGGUCCUGCUCUAGUUCGCAAACAAACCAACAAUGGAAAUGCAAACUUUCCCGUCCGUGGACCUGCCCCUACCCCGGCUGGUCCCAAGGUCAUCACUACAGGAACGACGCAUUAUGAGCAGAUACAGGAGGAAGAGUUGAUCGCCCUGAGAGCUAUCUACACCGAUGAUUUUGUUGAGCUCAAAGAUCCUCAUAGCGCUUGGAAGAAGUCUGAACCUCGAUUUGACAUUCGAAUCAAGGCUUUUUCGGAUGAGGAUGUUGGCGUGACUUUGAGUGUUGUCAUGACGGCAACUUACCCCAAGUCAACGCCCCUCCUGUCUCUCAAGGACCACGAAAACUUGAGAGAAUCAACCCUUUUCAGGCUGCAAAAGUAUCUCGAAAGGGAACCCAAAAUCUUUGCCCGCAAGGAAGAGGUUAUGAUUAACAGCCUUGUCGAGGACAUUCGAGAAAUUCUUGAAGACGCAGCUCAGGCAAAAGUCCAAGGCAGAGAAUUACCUUCUCUAGAGGAAGAACGUGCUGCUCACGAGGCUCAAAUAGCCCAUCAGGCCAUGGAGGAGCGUAAGAAGGAGGAGCAGAAACGACUGGAAGAAACUCAGGAGGAGGAACGUAUCAUGAGUGGCCAGUACGAAGAGGAGAUCAACCGUCAGAGAGCCAAGAAGCUCGAGAUUCGACGCAAGAAUCGAAGUGGUUACCUAUCUCCUGACCGUUGCGGUGAUCACGACAAUGAAAAGAUUGUUUUUGAUCAGCCAUGCAAGCUCACAGACGAAUCGGGCAACGAGUUCCGCUUCAAUACUGUCAAGGGAAUGUCUCUGGUCAGCACUGGUCCUGUCUGCCAAGUCUUCACUGUACGUCCUGUUCUAUCGGCCGGACAUCACCGGCCGAGUCUCGUUUUGAAACAGGCCAAGCUCAAGUCUGGAGGCAAGGAGGCAGGACUUUUUAAAAAGCAACUACAGUCUCUGGAGUCCCAACUCGAGUCUGCCAAGAAACAUCGGCAUAAAAACAUACUCGAAAUCAUGGAAUUUCGUAUAGACAGUGAUAGUUCCGGUGAUGUGAACUCACCUGAUAGGACUGUUAGUAUUCUGACAGCCUAUGCCAAACAAGGCUCUCUCUAUGAUCACAUGGAUGUAAACGGACAAGAUGGCCAGAUUGGGAUCAACCGAGUUCGCAGCUGGACCAGAGACCUACUGGAUGCUCUGAACUUUCUUCACACCAACGGCAUUGUUCAUAAGAGCAUCCACCCGCACAACGUUCUUCUCUUCAGAGAUGAAACGGGUGCUAUAAUCCCAAAACUUGCAGACGCAGGUUUCCAAAAGGAGUUACACGACAUUUGCUCGAGCUCACGCGUCGUUACUGCUUUACGUGAAGCCAAAUCUGCGUACUGGCUCCCUCCCGAGAUUGCAGGUACUGCCAAACCACAUUACACUCAGAAAACGGACAUUUGGGAUUUCGGUGUCAUGUUCCUUCAGAUGGUAUUUGGUUUGGAGGCUCCUUCACGCUACCAAUCACCCAACGACCUAAAGGCUUCUCUUGCCCUGUCAUCUGAAAUGUUGGAACUUGUUUCCAGUUUCUUCCAUUCAGAACCUUCGCGGCGAAGACGAGCUUUCGAUCUGGGUUCGCAUCAUUUUCUUGCUGCCACGAGCGCACAGGUCCUUGCGGAUGAUGCAGCCUCGUCCGUUUUCACAGCUGAUUCCAUCUCUUCUAUGCCACAACAUGCUGUCCCCCGACUUCGCCAUGGAUCUAUAAGCCGUGCAGCUGCUCCUCAGUCUCGAUGGGCUACCGAAUGGAUCGAGGAGGGUAGAUUGGGCAAGGGUGGAUUUGGAGAGGUUGUCAAGGCCCGCAACAUGGUUGAGAAUGUCGUCUAUGCCGUCAAGAAGAUCAGACAACGAGAAAACGAAAGCCUCACACCAAUCAUUAGCGAGGUAUCGGUCUUUUGUCGAAUGGGUCACCCAUCGGUGGUCAAAUAUGUCAUGGCUUGGAUCGAGGACAUUUUUGAUGGAUAUGAACCCAGUGCUGGUUCCGUGACAGCCUCUGGUGUUACUGACUCCGAGAGCAUGAGUGGACCAAAUAUUGAGUUCACCACGAGUGGCGCACUUGAUUUUGUGUCUUCGAGCAGACCUCCUCAUAUUGAGUUCGGCUUCGACUCUGAUAACGACGAUGCGCACACAGAACACGAUAACGACGAUGGCUCCGAUGACAGCGAAGAGUCUGAUGAGUCCGAAGCCGACGAUUCGGAUGAGGAGGGCAGCGAGUUCGAAGUCAGUGCAAAGAUAGGUCGCAGAUCAAGCCGCAGGCCUAGCAUGAGACCUUUUAGUCGCAAGAUUAUGUAUCUUGUGAUGGAGUACUGCGAAAAGAAUACACUACGGGAUUUGAUCGCGAACAACCUUUGUGACGAUGGUGAGGAGAUUUGGAGACUUUUUCGACAAAUUCUUGAAGGUUUACAGCACAUACACGGCUUCAACAUUAUCCACCGCGAUCUCAAACCGGAAAACAUCUUCAUCAAGGUGGCCCCUGAUGGGACCAAUGCGGUAAAAAUUGGCGACUUCGGCCUGGCAACUGCAGAGAUGCGGGCGAUCGCCGAUAAGAACGGUAACGGGUCUCCCAGCGGUAUUGAUUCAGGUGACAUGACCAGAAGUGUCGGCACGUCCACUUAUCUAGCCCCAGAAGUACGGUCUGGGUCCAACGGUGUAUACACAACCAAGUGCGAUAUGUAUGCACUCGGCAUUAUAUUCUUCGAGAUGUGCUACCCACCUAUGUUGGGGAUGCAAAGAGCAAUGGUUUUUGACAAGCUACGGCGGUCACCACCUACACUUCCGGAAGACUUUCGUCCAGGUGAGAAGAAUCAGAGGCAGAUAGUCACAUCACUGGUCGAUCAUAAUCCAUCCCAGCGACCAUCCGCCACGGAACUACUCAAGAGCGGGUUACUCCCAGUUGGAAUGGAGAGCGAUGCAAUGCGUCAAGUUAUGGCUGGCCUGGAGGACCCUAACAAUCCACAUUACACCGACUACAUAUCGGCUUUGUUCAAGCGCCGACUUGACCGGGCAAAAGAUUAUGCUUGGGACGCCGAAAGUGUCAAUAAAUCUCCAGCAGAGCUCAUGCGCCUUCUCGUGACUGAGGAGACACUCACUGCAGUAUUCCGCCGUCACGGAGCAGUCAAGGUGUCAAUUAGCCCGUUCUAUCCUCCCUCGGCCCACUACACCCAAAACACGGUCGAAGUGGUGGACAAGCAUGGUGCUCUACUACAGUUGCCUUAUGAUUUGACAAUGGGCACGGCCAGGGCUCUGGCUAAGAGCACAUCUCGUGACACUGUGGUACAGCGAUCUUAUUCGUUUGGAAGAGUUUUCCGUGAUCGCCCCAGUGGGGGACAACCGCAGAUGUUUGGGGAAGUGCACUUUGAUGUGGUGUCUGACGAUGCCUCGGAUUUGGCGCUCAAGGAGGCCGAGGCCAUAAAGGUGCUUGAUGAGAUCAUUGCCGAGUUCCCAACGUUGUCUAGAAGUCAAAUGUGCUUUCAUCUCGGCCAUUCGGAUCUCCUUCGAUGCAUAUUUGACUAUUGCGGCGUCGAAAAAGCCAGCCGCCGGGCGGUGGCGGAUACUUUGAGUAAGCUCAAUAUAAGGGGUGUUACGUGGCAGAAGAUCAAGUCUGAGUUGCGUACGACGGCAUCGAUUUCAACGACAACGCUGGAUGAGCUACAAAAGUUUGACUUUAGAGAGAACCCUAGCAAGGCGGCGGGCCAGCUGCGCACUAUUUUCCAAAAGACGGAUAUGUCACAACAAGUAUCACAACCCCUGGCUCACCUGAGGGAGGUGUCGGAGUACUGCAAGAAGCUCGGAGUGCGGACCAAAAUCUACGUGGCGCCGCUGUGGAGCUGGAACGAGGUCUUUUUCAGUGGCAACAUGAUGUUUGCAUGCCUGUUCGACAAACGAAGCAAGGAAGUUCUCGCUGCUGGUGGACGGUAUGACAGCUUGAUCAAGGAACAUAGACCGCGCAUCUCUGGGAGUCACUUUCAGGAGCGGCACGCAGUUGGAUUCGGCAUGAACUGGGAGCAACUCGCACACGUGUCUGCUAAGAGCAGCAAGAAGCGAGCGGGUGCGGCAGAUGAGGAGACGAACCUGUUUUCAACCAAAAGGUGCGAAGUACUCAUCGCCAGUUUCGAUCCAUCACUGCUGCGAACUACUGGUCUCGAACUUCUCCAGACAUUAUGGGCACAUGGUAUCAGUGCCGAGUUGGCACGUGAUGCACGUUCACCCGAGGAGCUCCUCCAAGCACAGCGCGAGGAUGGUCACAGUUGGGUUGUCAUUGUCAAACAGGACAUGCUCAAGAUCAAGACUCCAGGCAGGAGGGAGGCACCGGAUGCAGAUGUGCUGCCAGGUCAGUUGAUCCAAUGGCUUCGAGCAGAGAUGAGGGAGAGGGAGGGGAGGAUCGUCCAGGCAAGCAGGUUGCGAGCUACAGCUGGUGGGGAUGGUACUUCGAGCGUGGUUGGAUCCUACAGUGGAUACAGCUACCACGGUCGUCAUAACGACUACAUGGUCGGACCUGGAGUUAUGAGUGGUGGGGGUGGCAUGAUUUCUCCUAUCGACUCUCUGACGGUGCACCCGCAUCGCGAGCAAGAAGUGAGAGUGAUCACUGCACGGACGCGCAGCAAGAAAUCGAACCGGCAGGCACUGGUUGAGCAAGCGCAGGCGGCAGCGGCGCGGGUGGCGUCGACCAUGGUCCGGUUCGCAUCCGAUGCCAACUCUACGGGACCAGUAGUAGCAAUCGAGACGACCGACGCAGUCAUGAACCUAAUACAGUCUACGAGGCUGUCUGAUGCAGAGAGCUGGCGGCGUGCUGAACAGGCGGUGGGGAUGGAGGAAAGGCAGUACGUGAGGGAGCUUAGGGGGCUGCUGCAAGACAUGAGAGCCGAUAAUGGCGGUGUAGGUAGGGGAACUGGGUUGGGGUGGUCGAUGCCGGCGUUUGUGUACAACUUUCGAACAGGUACCUGUAUCUACUACGACCUUGGGGCGUAG